AUGAGUGAAAAAGACACCGCAAAUACAAAAGAAAAGCAGAACAAAUACGAUGAAUUGAUAAUAGCGCAACAAGAGAACAUAAAAAAGCUUGAGAAGGAAAUAUCAAUGCUGAAAAAGAAUAUCGAAAAAUAUUCAGCAACUUUAAGCAAAAAUAAAAAGCGCAACGACGAAGUGGGAAACAGCAUCGAGAAAAUUUUCGAAGGCGAGAAAGGAAAAUUCCGGGAAACGCUAGAAAAAUUCUCAGAAAUUCUAUUCGACGUCGGCAAGUAUAAAGAGAAGCACGUUUGUAUGAUUUAUGAUAAGGUUACCGGGGAAUUAUCGCUGUCGCCUUGUCGUUGCAAGCAAGCUACUUUUAUUAUUAUUAUUAUUAUUAUUAUUAUUAUUAUUAUUAUUAUUAUUAAAUUGAAACCACAUUGCAGCCAGAAGCUGAAUUGCGUGGAUUACAUUUUUAAUAUCGACUUUGCUUUAAAGUCGCAAAAAGAUGAAAUGCGAAAAGAGAAGCAUCUCAAAAAGAUAAAAGAGACAGAGCCUUUGGACAAACAGAAGUUUUCAAAAGCACAGUCCACGCUUCUCGCGUCCGUCGUCGAAACGGAAAAGGCAUUUCAUAGUUUAAAAGAGGAAUUGGAAUAA